CUCCGCUUGGCUUUGGCGUGGGGAAGAACAGCUCUUGUUGUAUUUGUCUUCUGAUUCAUAGAUGAUCUAUAAAAAUGUGUACGGCUUGCAAAGGGGGGAGUGUUUGCAAAGUUAAGGGUGAUUAUAUAGCAUCUCGUGGGGGCACUGUGAUGUGAUCGGAUGACUUGUUGCUGUUAACCAGGAAUAAUGACGAUAGAGGGGUUUUUCUUUGGGAGGGGGGAUUGUGGUCAUGAUUAGAGGAACGAUUUCUGUAAAGGACGCUUAGGGAAUAGGGUCGGAGAUGAUGUCCUCUGCCUUAAUUUAUGGUCCCCUCCUCGCAAUCUGUUUCUGGGAUGUUAAUCGAUUAAUCAGUUCUCAUCUGUAUAGCUGUCAUGGAUUUGGACUUGUUUUGCUUUGUUUUAACCUGAAUUCCAAGAAGAAAGAUUGGAUAGCCUGGAAUAAAUUGCAGCUGUCCAGAUAGAAGGUAAUAUACAAGAGCCUGUUGGGAUUGAAAAAGCGAAAAAACAAAGACAAAAAAAAAAAAAAAACCUGGUAUGACACACGUAAAACAGGCAGCAGUUAAAUCACUUUGACAGGUUCUAGUAUGGGUGAGGGAGAUGGAACUAGGAUUUAAUUUUUUUCCUUUUUUAAAUUUCUUUUUCUUUCUUUUUUUUUCCGCCAAAGGCUAAAAACAGUUCUGUGAAGUUGGCCUAGGUUCCUUGCUGGGUUCUGCCUGAGUGUCCCUCCCCUCUUAUGCCCCCUCUUUCUUCUUUCAGUUUUCUUGUCUUAGCUUUUGGUCGAUUCUUAAGGAACCGGUGGAUCAAGUUUUUCUCUCCUUGUUAAUCGCAUUGCUGUAGCACUGACUGACCUCUCUCCCUCUCUCUCCCUCCCUCGCUCUCUUUUUUCCUCUUUCCUGAAAGUACGUGGUGCCAUUCCUGAGUGACUUUUCCUACUAGACCAUCCCAAAGGAGCGAGGGGGAGGGGAGGAAGGAGGAGGAGGAGGAGGAGGAGGAGAAGGGGGGUGUUCCUUCUCUCUCAUUUCUUGGUUUUGUUUAUCAGCCGAUCUGUUUGCUGGAUUUGGGAGCUUGGAAUGACCCACCUGUAAAGUGCUUUUCCUUCCUCCUCGCCUUGAACUCUGCAGGGGGCUUGGCUUGAAGAGAGCCAGGGAGGGAAAGAGAGAAGGGGACACAAAAAACUUCUUUCUUUCUCUCUCCGUUUAUCUUCAGCCCGACAUUGUCACCCCCUCUUUGAGGGGUUAGAAGAAGCUGAGAUCUCCCGACAGAGCUGGAAAUGGUGAUGAAUCUUUUUUAAUCAAAGGACAAUUUCUUUUCAUUGCACUUUGACUAUGGAAACAGAGGCUAUUGAUGGCUAUAUAACAUCAGGUGACAAUGAGCUUUCACCUGAGAGGGAGCACUCCAACAUGGCCAUUGACCUCACCUCAAGCACACCCAAUGGGCAGCAUGCCUCCCCAAGUCACAUGACAAGCACAAACUCAGUAAAGCUAGAAAUGCAAAGUGAUGAAGAGUGUGACAGGAAACCCCUGAGCCGUGACGAUGAGAUCAGGGGCCAUGAUGAGGGCAGCAGCCUAGAAGAGCCCCUGAUUGAGAGCAGCGAGCUGGCCGACAACAGGAAAGCCCAGGAGCUUCAAGGCGAGGGAGGAAUCCGGCUUCCGAAUGGUAAACUGAAAUGUGACGUCUGUGGCAUGGUUUGCAUUGGGCCCAAUGUGCUUAUGGUACAUAAAAGGAGUCACACUGGGGAGCGCCCCUUCCACUGUAACCAGUGUGGAGCUUCUUUUACUCAAAAGGGUAACCUUCUGAGACACAUAAAGUUACACUCUGGAGAGAAGCCCUUCAAAUGUCCUUUCUGUAGCUACGCUUGUAGACGAAGGGACGCCCUCACAGGACACCUCAGGACCCACUCUGUGGGAAAACCUCACAAGUGCAACUACUGUGGACGGAGCUACAAGCAGCGCAGUUCCCUGGAGGAGCACAAAGAGCGCUGCCACAACUAUCUGCAGAAUGUCGGCAUGGAGGCUGCCGGGCAGGUCAUGAGUCACCAUGUACCUCCUAUGGAAGAUUGUAAGGAACAAGAGCCUAUUAUGGACAACAAUAUUUCUCUGGUGCCUUUUGAGAGACCUGCUGUCAUAGAGAAGCUCACGGGGAAUAUGGGAAAACGUAAAAGCUCCACUCCACAAAAGUUUGUAGGGGAAAAGCUCAUGCGAUUCAGCUACCCAGAUAUUCAUUUCGACAUGAACUUAACCUACGAGAAGGAGGCUGAGCUGAUGCCGUCGCACAUGAUGGACCAAGCCAUCAACAAUGCAAUCACCUACCUUGGAGCUGAGGCCCUUCACCCUCUGAUGCAGCACCCUCCAAGCACAAUCGCUGAGGUGGCCCCAGUUAUAAGCUCAGCUUAUUCUCAGGUCUAUCAUCCAAAUAGGAUAGAAAGACCCAUCAGCAGGGAAACCGCUGAUAGUCAUGAGAACAACGUGGACGGCCCCAUCUCUCUCAUCAGACCAAAGAGUCGACCCCAGGAAAGAGAAGCCUCUCCCAGCAAUAGCUGCCUGGAUUCUACUGACUCAGAAAGCAGCCAUGAUGACCACCAGUCCUACCAAGGAAACCCUGCCUUAAAUCCCAAGAGGAAACAAAGCCCAGCUUACAUGAAGGAGGAUGUCAAGGCCUUGGAUACCAAGGCUCCCAAGGGCUCUCUGAAGGACAUCUAUAAGGUUUUCAAUGGGGAAGGAGAACAGAUAAGGGCCUUCAAGUGCGAGCACUGCCGAGUCCUUUUCCUAGACCAUGUCAUGUACACCAUUCACAUGGGUUGCCAUGGCUACCGGGACCCACUGGAAUGCAACAUCUGUGGCUACAGAAGCCAGGACCGUUAUGAGUUUUCAUCACACAUUGUUCGAGGGGAGCACACAUUCCACUAGGCCUUUUCAUUCCAAAGGGGACCCCUAUGAAGUGAAGAACUGCACAUGAAGAAAUACUGCACUUACAAUCCCACCUUCCCUCCCAUCUUGGCAUACCUUUUCUUUUUUAAUAUUACUGUCAAUUCUUAUUUUGUGGACACAGUAUUGUUUGCUCUACCUAAUUAGGGUAAGGAAGAAACAGAAGAGAGAAGGGAUGGGGAUAUUGUUUCCUGACAACUUGGCUUGUUUAUUUUGUGGAAAUUUAAAGCAGUUUAUUUCUACCACACACCGGUAUAAAGCAUAUCGUGCUUUGCAAAAUCACUUGAUUCAUAUCAGUUCACCUGAAAUAUUCUAAUUUGCCACUGAUGUUCAGGAUUACGAUUGAAGGCAGGAAUUUAGAGUUUUCUGGGUAGGACUUUGGCAAUGUAAAAUGGUAUAAGUAAUUUUACUCUUCAAAGAAGAACUUGCUUCAAAAUGUAAACCAGUUUUUUUGUUCUUAGAGAUCAUGGAACACAAAACAUAUUGUUGUUUUCAACAGUAACUCCUAGGAAGAGUUGACUUGUGGGUUCUAUGUUUACUUCCCCUAUGGAAUUAAUAAUUCAGUAUGUUUUACACUGUACCAUAUAGCAAAACUUUUAAACUACAGGAAGUUAAGGACCACCAUUUACAUCUGAGGUCCUUGGAUUUUAUUUUUCUAAACUUAAGCACUGUUUUCCAUAGUUUUGAUGACUGGCAUUUUAUAGACACCCUGGCAGCCUUACUUUUAACACCUUUAACAAAUAGUAUUUUUAUGUAGUUUUCAGAAUAACAUAUGGUCUAAGAGGAGAUACCAGGCAGGCAUUUCCAGGAGGGACUUCUACUUUUCAUAAAUUCGUUUGAGAUUUUUUUUUUUAAAUUAUAAUGAGAUGACGGCAUAGUAUACAUAUUUUUUUUCUAAAAGUAUGCUUAUGAUUGUCACUUUAUCAGCAUUUAAUCAGUGUUAACCAGUUAGCAAAAAAGAAAAGAAAAGAAAUAUAUAUAUAUAUAUAUAUAUAUAUAUGGAAUUAGGCUAACAGUAAAACUCCACUCAGAAAUCCCUUUUCUGGUAUUUCUCUUUUCACUGUUUGUUUCAAACUGUGCCCACUCAGUGUUCUGUCCAUGGUCCAUUCCUCUUUUACUCUUGGAGUAGAAGGUCUUAAAGGUCUUUCUAGAAGCUACUUCUUUCACAGUAUCCUCAGAGCAAUUGCUAAUUUGACCUGAAUGUGAGAACUUAAACCCUGUAAGAUCAUUGAGCUAGGGCUAUGUAUUCUAGUAUUCCUUGAGUAAUAUUUACUCCUUUUGCUGCAGAGAAAAGGGAACUUCUUUGUAACCUGUGCUGUGGACUACAGAUCAAAGAAACAACUGAGUUCGUUCUUAUCUUCUUGGAGUCUAAAAUGUGACAAAAGCUUUUAAGCAAAGGUCCUGCGCAAUUUCCUGCUUCAAAAACAUUUGACUAUAUAAGUCCUUCUCAUAAGUGAAUUUUAGUAUCUUAGGGUAGAAUUUGCCAUCUUUUAAUUUAGACAUGACAUGUGUUUUCAUAUUUCAGGUAUAGACUUUAAUUCCCUUCAUGUGGGUGCUCUCUCUAUUCUUUGCAGUCCAGUAGCAUUAUGGGGAGGAACCAAGUGAUGUAUCAUUGGUUUUUUUUUUUUUUUUUUUUUUUUUAGUUUUUUGGGGGGCACGGGGGUACAUCUCUAAGGCAGAAGUUGCUACUUGUGUUUUGAAAAAACAGACCUAACCAUGACUGGAUUAUUUGAUAGCUACUUGUGAGUACUGAAAUUCUAUUAAGUAGUAAUUAAUAACUGCAUUAAAUAGGAUCUGACGCUGUUUAUUAUAGAUUGUGAUGUGCAAAGUAUCAAGACUAGAGACCUGCGGAUAGAGACCUGUGGAUAGAUAGGAAGCCUAGCUCCAGUACUGCUCUUAACCCAUUUUUCUGGUGUACCAUUUGCUUAUUUAAGCAGUUUCUAAGCACUAACACAGCUAGAACUAGGUAAAUAAAAAAAAAAAAAAAUAGUUAUGAAUCGGCUUUGUCUUACUAGUCCCUAACAUAAUUAUUUUUGAAGAAAUGUCCAAACUGUUUCUUUACAUCCAAGACAACGCACCAAAACAGAGACACGUAAACGUCAGCCGUCGGGUCUUCCUGCAUGCCUUAGUACAUUACACACCAACAGUUUGUUCAAAGAAAAAGUAUCUGAGACUUCCUCUCCUCUACCUACUUAUUCUAACCCCUCCCAAACUGUAAUUGAAAUGGCUUGUCUUUUUUUUUUUUUUUUUCCUUUCCAAUGAGGUAAAUCAUUUAAGCUCCUGAGCUAGUUUUGCUGCAAUGUAUGGAAGCAUUUGGAUGCUAAUCAACAUACUAAUAAUCUUGGCCAUGGAUGCAUAUACAUGCAUUUCCACUGGCAUCAUCAAUAGAUUUGUUCCUGUUUUUAUUUUUUUUCUUGCCACUCCAGCAUACAAAUGAUCACAUGCCUGCUGUCCUGCAGUAAAACUGGGUUUAGGCGGACCUGAGGAGCUGUGUAGUCCUCUGGGAAGUACUGACACACACUCCUUUUCUGAUUUCAUCACGUUAAGCAACUUAGUUUAUUGACGGGAGUUAACAGAUUGUGAGAAUGUAUUUGCUACAAGCAUGUGCCUGUAUUUUCUUGGCUUCGUGAUAUGAGGAACAGAAAGGCUUGGUGGGAUAUGGUGUGUCAGGGACAAAUGAGGACAAGGUCAGUUUCCAUUUGUGGGUUAGAAAGAAUUUUUGUGGACAGUGAUUUCUGAAAAGCUGUGGAUGGCUAUAUUUGCAUGCUUCUUCUCAAAAGGACACAUGCAACGUGGUAGCUCCUAUAAAUAAGUAUGAGGGUCAGGCACCAAAUAAAUCAAAAGUUUUACAUAACAAUUGUAUGCCCAAUUUAUUUAGAUGAGCUUUCACAGUGGAGAGAGUAUUUGAGGGGCAUAAAAAUGGGUUAUCCUCUGUAUUUUCCAGUUUGGCAAAAAUUCAGAAAUUCAUCACAUUGCUUUGCCCUAAUUUUGCCAAGACUUUUUUGUCUCCAGUUCUUUUUGGAGAAGUGUGCUGCCUCUCUGUGAUAAUGAAGAAUCACCUUUUAAAAGCCCUUCUAAACAUGCUUUUUUAAAUAGUGUAAGUGUCCAAGGAGGAGGCAGGUUGGAAGAAAGAGAUUUGAAGUGUUGCAACAUUCCAUUGAGAAUUUUCUGGAGAGAAACAAAUGGGAGACAGAGCAGAGAGUUCUGAUUUGGGACAAACUGGGAAGUGUCUAUCCUGUGGUACACACAGGCAGCUGUGUGUACGAGUCAUGGUGUAUGUGUACAUGUGUAUUACAGUCCACUAAAGAAAAUUCAUGAAAAGAAGCAGUUAGAGUUAUCGGAUAUGUUACUGAGACAGAGUUAAUUUUAUAGUUGAUACCUGAGCAAUUAGCUUUACUUUUUCACAUUGCAUUAAGAAAUAGUAAGGAAGUUAUUAGUGUAUCAUUAAGGCUGGUGGCAAUUAUUAAACUUAAAUCUUGGCUCUUAUUGUCUAUUUCCAGAACAAAGUGAAACAAUGAAAAUCAAAGAUUUUAAGCUAGUUGAUAAAAACUUAAUGCAAAAUUCUUUUUUGAAUAGGACAGAAAUACAGAAAUUCAGCAAACUGUUGGCAAAAAGAGAAUAUUUUCAUGAGCUUUGUUUGUAGUUUUGUAUCACAACUACACAGCUCAUAAGAGCAUGAAGUCUAUAUAUUUUAUAAAAGUUUACCAAAAUUUACCUCAGAGAAGGCAUUCAGAUGAAAAUUAUGUUUUAAGUGUUUUCUAAACUUUAUCCUAUAUCCAAAAUUAUUGAUUGGGUAGAAAAGGAGCAGAAAAGGCUACAAAAUUACAAACAAAAAUUAUAUCCCCUCCACCCAGAGCAUAAGACUAAAAGGUAGCAGCUAUGAUAUUUUCAAUUGUUCAUUUUGAAAAAGUAGUGUUACAUUUGUGGUUUUCUUCAGUUGUAUUUUAUAUAUUAUUUAAAUAAGAACUAUUUGUAUGAUUAUUCUACAGCAGAAAACUGAAUCCAAAAGAAAAAUAAAAAGUGAGGGAUAAAAUUGAAGUUUGUAUAUAUACAAGUUAUUUUAGAAAUACUUUUAAUCCAGUUGCUGCAAAAUAAUUAAAAUAUACAGUAACUGGUCUCUUAAAAUCUUGAAUUUAAGGUAUUGAAUCCUUUUUAAAAUGUCUUAAAUCAGUGCCUUUUAAAAAUGCAUUGAAGAGUGCUGAUGAGCUGUGUUAGCUCUGCAACACUUAUUCUGUAUUUUUUAAAAAUCAUUUAAAAUUGAGUACUACAAAAUUCAUCUUUGUGUAUUUAGGGCACAACUGCAAAAGCAAUUUCUAAUACAGAAACUUUCAGCUCAGCUGUUAAAAGGAAAUUUUAAAACCAGAUUUUAGUAUCUUUUCAGUUUAAUGGUAUUUCUUUAAUACCAUUACAAGAUUAAACAGGUAAAAUACAGUGUGAAAUUUUAACUGUGAACUGAAUUAUGGUAUAUUGCUUUUGUUUUGUUUUUAUGGAAGAAUAAGGAUUUAUUAGCAGAAUUUUUUGGAGAACCACAUACAGUAUUGCUUUCAAUUUCUACCCCCAGACUAGUGUCAUUCUAGUCUUGAAACUGUCUUCUAAUCUUUUGUUGUUUUAUGGAAUAAUGUUUAAAAAGCAAGUAAUUUUCCUUAAAACAAAACUGAGCAGUCAUAUCACAUGGCUCUUCUCCAAAGCAUAAUCUCAAAUGGUUUAAUACCGUAGCUGUGUAUUACUUGCAGUGGAUGUGCUAGGAUAUGACAGCUUUAAAAAAAAAAAAAAAAGCUGCUGAUUAUAUAAAGCAAAUAUCAUAUGACCAAGAAGCUGUGAUAUGCUAGUGUUUCUUUUUCUCGUAGUGUAUUGCUAGGCCAAAUAAUGACACCUUGAAUAUUUUUUACAUUUUUUGCAGAGACCUAAAUUUUUGGAACUUCUAUAAGGUUUUUAUGAAACAUUCUGUUUGUAGCUUUUCAGGCUUGUUUUUGCUGUACUGUAAGUUUGUGGAUAUUUUCACAGGCACUCUUAAAAAUCGGUUCGCAGUUAUAUUUAUUGGGCUUUAUCUCCCAUAGCGUUGCAUUUGUACAUUUUCUGUAUAAAUUUGUUGUGAAUUACCCUUUAUCCCGUACAGAGUGGUACGUCAGUGACUACUUUUCUAAGGUGUCCUUUUUAUUGUGAAUAAAAUAUAAAAUUUAGAGGCCCUGUGCUAAGUCACACAAGGUAUAGCACACAACUCCACGUAGGUACAGAUAAAACCAGUUUGCAGUGAACCGGGCCUCCACAUUACCUCACGUGACACAGUAAGAAGCCCUUCCUGGACAGGUGAAGGUCACCAAACCCCCUCCUAUACACUUAGCAGGACUUCACGCAAUUUAAUUUACUGGAAGUAGAUCUUUAAAACAAAAACAGGUACACUGUAACCAGAGAAGGAAUCCGGUUUUGUUUUUUGUUAUUUUAAGUGACUCCAUUUCUGAAACUGUGAUUUAGAGCAUUUGACUGUCUCCUGGAUCUUAAAUACACUCGGUCUCCUGGGGUGUGACUGCUGUCACCUCUCUUUCCUCUCUGAGCCCCUCCCUUCCAUCAGCUCUGAAAGUCUUUGCCUCUCUUUCCUCAGCCUGGUUUGAGGAUUAAGUAAGGUCAGCUCUAAACUUCCAAUUCAUUGAUCUUCAGUCUUAAUUUUGGGUGACUUUUGUUGCUGUAUAAUCUGCUGGCAUAUUUUUAUACUCAAGUGUAGUUUUGUAGUAAAGAGAAAAGUGGUUGAUGGAGAGGAAGAAGCUGUGUAACCCUUCUGUAAUUUCCACUCAAAAGUGUUGGUACCUAAAACAGGACUCCAUGUGUUUGCCUUCCUUUUUUUGAUGAAUCUUACCUUCUUGUUUGGCUUUCCUCUGAAACUGUAAAUCAUGAGAGACUAGACAGUUUUUGUAAGUAUUUAGAAAGAUGUUAAAAACAUAAAAUGAAGUCUUAACUUUCUCCCCAUUGGGAGAAAAGUGCUUUAACGUUACUAUAAUAAUAUUCCAGGUUUGGAGGGGGUCCCAGGCCCCGUAAUCGCUCUUAAUAGCCAGACCUUUUAGACCAUGUGUUAUUUACAAUCUCAAAAUGAUUGCUCCUGCUUUUUAGUUAAAAAAAUACUCUCUUCUUUUUGUACAAGUGCAAUACUCCCCUUGAAGUCUUAAAAACUAUGGUGAUUUUUGUUUUUCCUUUCCGACCUAAUCUUUCUUCCAUUAAUGACCACACACACACACACACACACACACACACACGCACGCACACGCACGCGAAGUCGUAGCCUAUUAAAGGACACAACAAGCCAAGGGAGAAACACUUCACAAUCAAAAGAUGAGAGCGCAGAAACCACCAGUCUGACCCCUGUUCUUUAGUUAGGCUACAUUUCCACUGAAAUUGGUGAUCUUUUGCCUCAGAAGUGUAUCCUAAAGGGGAAAUUCUGGCAGACUGCAUUUUCUUCUUAGACCUUUGUCUAAUGCUGUAAGUGAAGAAACUGAUAUUUAGUAUUCUUAUUUCAUUUCUCUCAUUUUGGAAAUGAAUUUUUAAAUGAAACAAAGCACCUAGGUCAAUUUUAAACACAUAUCACCUACUGGAGAUAAAAAAUUUUUAAAUAUUUAGAGCAGCCCUGUUUUCAUAACAAAUUUGAGAGGUAUUUUUCAUAUCAUACAUAUUUAUAUGCAGUAUGCUGGUUUUCUUUUUUUUUUUUUUAAUACCUAUGUUCCUGUAGUAAAACUGCUGUAAUGUAAAUAUAUGUUUUGUUUAAAAAAUAAUAAUAACAUUUCUUCGGCAUUUCUUUGAAAGGCAGUUACUGCUUUGUACAGUAUAUGUCUUGGCCAUUUAAAAUAUUUUUUCUUUAACAAUACCAAAGGUGAUUAGACUAUUUUAAAGACUAAUUGCUUGACAGUUUCUAGGAUAUUUUGAGUUUUAGAAGCAAAAUGAAAAAAAAAAAAGGUCAAACCAGUAAACCUCAUUUUUUUCAAACUAAUAAUUUGAGGAGAUAAAAACUAUUGUUUAAAAAAAGAAAUAUAUAUAUAUACAUAUAUAUAUAAAUGUAUGUAAAAUUAAAAUUCCAGACCUUGUAUGUCAGGUUUGCUCAGUGUAAUGUAGUUUUUAUUUUAGGCUCAAAUACCAUACCUCAGAAAAUGGGGUUUACUAUGGAAAUGCUGAAACAGUCUUUGCAGGUUGGUGACAAGUCACUCUGCUAUACACUGAUUUGGAGACCUCCGCGAAACCAUUUAUCACUGCAGACUGAAAUGUGGGACUUGUAUUUUCUUUGUUUUUAAUCUACACACAUACAUGCUGUGUGCAUAUAUGUGGGUACUAUGUAUAUGUGUAUGAGUGUUGUACAUGCAUGUGUGAGUGUGUGUCUGUAUGUGUGUACACUAAAGCUGCAGAAACUUUGUAAUACUUUGUGAAAAGGAUUAUAUUAUAAAGGUUUGUACUGUCUUGAGUGCACAGCUACUGGAAUAAAUUUAGGGAAUCUCAGGAACAAGCAUAUAAUUUGUCCAAGAUUUAUUUCUUCUCAGAAGUGUAAGUGCAGUUUUUAAUUCUGUAUAUUAUUUAAUAUUUUACCAAUAAAAUAAACUUCUGACAAAACAAAAGUUUGCUAUAAAAA